UUGUAAGAAAAGAAAUGAAUAUGAAUGAGUAUAAGAUUUAUGAUGGUGUCUGUCUCUGUCACUUUCAGAACUGAGAAGUCAUCACCCGUUCGUUUCGUUUCCUCUCCCUUCCUUCUUCCCAAGGGUGAAUCUGAAAUUGACUGCUGCAUAUCGAUUGGGGGACUGGUGGGUUGUUGGAUUAAAUGUAGCUUCACUUGGCCAUAGCAUCCACUAUAAGAUUUUCUGAUCUGGAUCUUUGAUGGACUGCAAUAAAGAAGAGGCCUUAAGGGCCAAGGACAUUGCUGAAAAGAAGAUGGAAAACAGGGAUUUUGUGGGGGCUCGCAAAAUUGCUCUAAAGGCUCAGCAGCUGUACCCUGAUCUGGAAAAUAUAGCUCAAAUGCUUGUUGUUUGUGAUGUGCACUGCUCUUCUGAGCAGAAAUUAUUUGGUAAUGAGAUGGAUUGGUAUGAAAUUCUUCAGGUCGAACAGACAGCUGGUGAUGCAAUAAUUAAGAAGCAAUAUAGGAAGUUCGCUCUCCAACUUCAUCCUGACAAAAACAACUUUGCUGGUGCAGAAUCUGCAUUCAAGUUGAUUGGGGAAGCUCAAAGAGUGCUUUUGGACAGAGAAAAACGUUCUCUUUUUGACAUGAAGCGUAGAGUUCCAACGAACAAACCUGCUAUGUCACGUUUUAAUUCUACAGUGAAGAACAAUGUUAGACCCAACUCGUCAUGCUCAAAUUCUCAGCAGCAGCAGCAAUCUAGGCAGCCAGCACAGCAGCAGCAAAAUGGUGACCGCCCUACUUUUUGGACGGUCUGCCCGUUUUGUUCUGUUAGGUAUCAAUAUUACAAAGAAAUUUUAAAUAAAUCUCUUCGCUGUCAAAAUUGCAAAAGGCCCUUUGUUGCAUAUGAAGUGAAUGUACAAGGUACAUCAUCACCAGCAACUAAUUCAACUCAGCAAGCUUCUGACCAGCAGAAAGAUGGUUUGAAUCAUGGUGCUUUCAAGAUGGGUGCAGGAUCUCAAGGCAAUUCGCAGGCUGAGAAGUCCAAUAUGGGGCCUUAUGAUAAAAAAAGACCUAGUAAUGUCUCUGGAAAACCAAAUGGAAAGAGGAAGAGGAAGCAGGUGGCAGAAUCCAGUGAAGGUUCUGAUACUAUGAGCAGCAAUGAUUCUGAAGAAGAUAUAGUUGCUGGCAAGGAUGGUAAUUCUAGUGUAGAAAACCAUUCAUCUCCAAGAGAAGGGCAUCCACGCAGAUCUACACGUCAAAAGCAUCAAGUUUCCUACAAGGAGAAUGUGAAAAACAAUGAUAAUGGCUUCUUGAAACCACGUGGUGAUGGUGAAAGUCAUGGCAAGACAACUAAAAUGAAUGAUCAGAAAGGUUUAGCUGCUGAACAUAAAGAAGGAAAACAGAAGCAACACUUGUAUUCUGAAAGAAAUGAGGAAACUAAGACGGAUAGGGGAAAAGAUGCAGUGGGAGGGUCAACACAGAUGGAUGGAAAUUCAGAGCAUUCUCCAGAUUCAACCUCCAAAGCAGAAAAUCAUCCUAAUGUUUAUGUCUAUCCUGAUGCAGAGUUCAAUGAUUUUUUCAAGGGCAAGAAUAAAGAAUGUUUUGCUGCUGGGCAGAUAUGGGGUAUUUAUGAUACAGCAGAAGGCAUGCCUAGAUUCUACGCUUUAAUCAGAAAAGUUUUGUCUCCUGGAUUCAAGCUGCAGAUAAUAUGGUUUGAAUCACAUCCGGAUUGCAAGGAUGAAAUCAACUGGGUAAAUGAGGAAUUGCCUGUUGCUUGUGGUAAAUAUAAACUUGGUGACACUGACAUCACUGAAGAUCAUCUAAUGUUCUCUCAUCUGGUUUUGUGUGAAAAAAUUAGCCGUAAUACUUUUAAAGUGUAUCCUAGAAAGGGCGAAACUUGGGCCCUUUUUAAAAAUUGGGAUAUUAAAUGGUACAUGGAUGUGAAAUCUCAUCAGCUGUAUGAAUAUGAGUUUGUUGAAAUCUUGACAGAUUAUGUUGAAGGUAAGGGUGUAUAUGUUGCAUACAUGGCUAAGUUGAAAGGUUUUGUAAGUCUCUUCCUUCGAAAUAUUAAUGAAGAAAACAAAUCAUUUCAAAUUCCACCACAGGAAUUAUUUAGAUUCUCUCACAGGGUUCCGUCCUUCAAAUUGACUGGUCAGGAAGGAGUGGGUGUACCAGCAGGAUCUUAUGAACUUGAUCCUGGAGCUUUGCCAGUGAAUCUUGAAGAGAUUGCUGUUCCUGAAAAUUCGGAUGUGAAGGUUGGUCGUAGUUCAUCUGGUGGUGAGAAUACAAGGCCUUCAAAUAGAUCAGAACCCCUUAUGACAUCUGAGGGAGAUGCAUCUAUUCCCAAGGUUAAUUUGGAAAGAAGCAAUUUGGCAACAGAGAACAAGGAUUCUGUUGAUGACAGUGAUAAUUGUUGUGCUCCUCCAGAAUCGAGCCCAGAAGCUAUCAAUGUUCCAGAUACUCAAUUCUUUGAUUUUGAUGGUGGGAGAGCCCUUGAAAAGUUUCAGAUUGGUCAGAUUUGGGCAUUUUACAGUGAUGAAGAUGGAUUGCCAAAAUAUUACGGUCAGAUUAAAAAGAUUGAGACAAGCCCAGAUCUUGAAUUGCAUGUUUACUGGCUUACUUGCUGCUGGCUACCAGAGAAUACCAUUAAAUGGGAAGACAAAGAUAUUCUUAUUUCCUGUGGCAGAUUUAAAGUUAAUGAAACACAUGAUUUUCUCAGUGUUUAUAGUACCACCUCUUGUGUUUCACAUCAAGUACAUGCCGAUGCUGUUGGUAAGAAUAAGAAUUAUGCCAUCUUUCCGAGGAAAGGUGACGUUUGGGCGUUAUAUAGAAAAUGGACAAAUAAAAUGAAAUGUUUUGAGAUGGAAAAUUGCGAGUAUGACAUAGUUGAAGUUGUUGAAGAAACUGAUCUGUUCAUAAAUGUAUUAGUUCUGGAGUUUGUUAGUGGGUAUACUUCAGUUUUCCGGGGCAAAUCAAAUGAAGGAUCAUCUGUCAAUCUAAGAAUACCCAGAAAAGAGUUGCUUAGGUUCUCCCACCAAAUCCCAGCUUUCAAACUGACAGAAGAGCAUGGCAAUCUUAAGGGCUUCUGGGAACUUGAUCCAGGUGCACUACCAAUGCAUUAUUAUGGCUUGAAAUGAAAGGCCAUGGGUGACUGAAUAGCCCAAUGUUUUUUUUUUUUUCAUUAGAUGGAGCUAGUGCUGGUAGUAACAUUUUGGUAUUGUGUUGGCUACCCCUAGGAAGUGUGAAUUGUUAGUGGUAGGCUGUGGAUUACUAACGGAAGUGAGGUUUACCAAGAACUCACUACUCAUCGGUGCAUUUACUUUAUAUAUAGCAGUCAUAUUAUCUUCCCUAAGUUAGAUAUCUUUCAAGUUGAAAAGACUGACUGCCAUGUAUGCCUCUUAAUGUACUUUGCUGGAACUUUCAGCCAUGGCAAAUAUAACACUUCUCCCUCUCUCUUCCCCCCUCCCUUUCUUCAACUAGGUUUUCUUUUCUGCGUUUUUCAAUGAAUGAGUUAAGUAUAUGUGAAAAGCAAAUGCAAUGCACAAUUAUGGAC